CGAAAAUUUCCCCUUUUUGUUCUGUUUACAAAUUUCAUUCUGAGCGGGAAAAUCUUCAAAGUUCUUUUUUCCAGUUUCAAAAAUGGAGAACAAAGAUGUCGCCGUGGAGAAAACCGACGCCGGUCCGAUCGAAUUACCUGCUCCUCCUGGCUGGAAGAAGAGAUUCACUCCGGGAAAGAGCAGUACCCCUAGAAGGUAUGCUGUUGUAUUUGUUUCACCUGACGGCGACGAAAUUAAGAACAAGAAGCAAUUAGACAAGUAUCUGAAAUCUCAUCCAGGAGGACCUCCUGCCUCUGAAUUUAAUUGGGGUACAGGUGACACUCCUAGACGAUCAAGUAGAUUGGGUGGAAAAUCUGAAGCAAUGGAGACACCAGAAAGUGAUACUCCCAGUACGAAGAGACAAAGGAAAUCAAGUUCCAAAAAAGAAGCCAAGGAAGAUGGUAGCGAGCGAAAAGCUGAGGGUGCUACUGAGAAAGAAACUAAGGCAAAUGAUGAACCUGCUUUGCCUGAUGCAGAGGAUCUGGAAGUCCAAGAUGUAGAGAUGGCAUCUAAGAAUCUCACUGAUGGAGAUAACACAAAGGAUGAGAAAGAGAAGACCAAUGAUGGCGAGAUUGUCCCCAAGGAGCCUCUGGCAAGUGAAGAUAAGAUGGAAAUUGUGCAUGAAAAAGAAGAAACAAAGGAUGAGAAGGAGAAGACCAAUUAUGGUGAGAUUGUCCCCAAGGAGCCUCUGGCAAGUGAAGAUAAGAUGGAACUUGUGCAUGAAAAAGAAGAAACGAAUGAUGAGAAGGAGAAGACCGAUGAUGGUGAGAUUGUCCCCAAGGAGCCUCUGGCAAGUGAAGAUAAGAUGGAAAUUGUGCAAGAAAAAGAAGAAACAAAGGAUGAGGAGGAGAAGAUCAAUGAUGGUGAGAUUGUCCCUGAGCAGCCUCCGGAAAGUGAAGAUAAGAUGGAAAUUGUGCAAGAAAAAGAAGAAAUAUUGGAUGAGGGAAACAUUGAGAAAAUGAAAAAUCGAGAAGCGGAAGAUAAGCCUCUGGAUAACAGCCUUAAGACUGACAAUAAAACACUACCAUUGAAUGUGUUGGAAGAAAAUAAGAUUGAGAGUAAACCAGCUGGGACAGAUGCCUCAUCUCUUUCUGCUGAACUCAGCAAGUCAACCUCAGGUAGCCAAGAAGAAAUUGCAGAAGAAGCUCCUGCCGCUGAAGAUGCACUGGAUGCGCUUGAGGAAAAUAAGAUAGAGAGUAAACCAGCUGGGGCAGAUGCCUCAUCUCAUUCUGCUGAACUCAGCAAGGCAACCUCAGUUAGCCAAGAAGAAGCUCCAGCCGCUGCAGAUCCACUGGUUCAGAAUUCUAAUGAUGGUAAAGUACACGAAAAUGAGCAGAUUGUCAGGGAGAUUCCAAUUGAGGAGAUCAAUGGCACAUAAUCCGCUGCAGCAGGUGUUAACAAUUCUGUGCAGCAAGAAACCACCGUAAUCAACCAAGCCACCUCAAGUUAACUUUUUUAUAUCUUAGUAUAAUACUGUAUCAUCUGGCCUUUAUUUCUUCUUGGCCCUGAUUUAGGUAACUGACAAACAGCAUUAAGCAUGCUCUGCAUAUGUUAAAAAUUUCUUAGCUACUUAUUUUGUGUUACACUGUAUUGCUGCUGUCAUCUUCGACAUUGAUCAACUUAUAUUCUAUUAAGGUGUCAGGAUUUCUUGCAUUUUGACAAAAUGUUGGCCUAUUUCUCUAUUAAUAAAUAUAUACAGUUAUGAUG